AUGCCAGCCAACUCGCAGGAGAAGACCAAACGGCGGACUGGACAGAACGUCAUGCCGAAAAUACCCAAACCGGCUAGACCUAAGACGAAGACGGAGGCCGUGCACGCAGCGCGACGGGUUCUUGCUCAACGCAAAGUGGGGGAGAAGCAGGAAUACCUCGUCGACUGGUACCCUACCUGGCAGCCGAAGCAUCACGUCCCCAACGGUAAGAUGCUGCGCGAGUGGGAGAACAACAUGGCCAAAGGGCAUACCUUCAAGAUGAGCGCCAACCUUACAGUAUACAAGUGCUCGAAUCCAACUGAGGACAACUCCGCCCGUCAAAUGCGCCUCAUGCUGGACACGGCCCUCAACUCUCUACAACAGUGGCUUGACCGACCAAAGAAGCUAAUGUCCACUGACCUGUUCAAGCGGGGAGCCUGGACCUUCAGCACCAUUGAGGACUCCCAACUCGCCGCAAAACAGGCGGCUCGGAAGGGAGACGACCCGCCCUCUGCAGCGAAAGUCAUGCGCGAUACCUACAUUUCGAUGCGCGGUCCAAGUCACGAGAGUAUCGAAGACAAGAACCUCAUCUACAAGGACGUUUACGUUCGUUAUCUUGGUCAAGUCGACAAAGACACGCCUGGCGCAAAACCUGCGAACCGCGGAUCUGGACGCACAGUAGCCUACAUUCAGCACAUGUUUGAGCCAAUGCUCCGCGAAAUGGUACCGGAAACCUGGAAAGGUAACGAACAGCUCCACACACAGCUCUCCCAGCUAUACGAGAUCGCGACGCGCUUCGUGACCAAGUCCGCGUUCCUCCUAAAUCACGUCUGGCCUCUCUUCUUCGUACGCCUCUUCUUCACCUCAGACCAACUCGUCAAGGCCUUCAACAACCCCAACAACCCCAUGUGGACCUUCAAGAUAUCGGAUGGCUGGGAGAACCGCACCCGUGACUACUUCCUGCAGACUUACAUCGCCGCCAACGACUGGGAGCAGCGCCCUGUCGACUGCGUCGAGCGUACCUAUCUCGAGCUACGCGAUCUGGUGAAAUGGCACGUCAAGUUCCGUAAUGUAGAUGACGAGGGCCUAGGUCAAGAACAAGAGCCGGCAGAGUCGUCGGACUCGGAAGAUGAAGGGUUGGCCGAUUUGCGGCACGAUGAUGCAAGCGAUGCAGACUACCAGGAAGGCCAGGUUGAUGUGGACGGUGAAGGUAGCGUGGUUGGAGCCAGCGAGGAUGACUCCCAAGGGGAGGAUAUGGAUCUGGAAGAUUAG